UCCACACACCCCUCUUUCGGGGGAUGUAGUGCUCCAAUCUGGCAACUUGAGCCGGACCGUUGUUGGGGAUGAGCGGCUAAUGGCUGACAGGGAGUUUUACGUGUGCUAACGUCCGCCGCUGCUUCUGAUGUGGACUUCUGCACCGGAGCACUGUUCCUGAAGACAGAGGCGUACACAAAAGCGCGGGUUGCCACUCUGCAGCAUGUCCAAGAACAAGAGCUCCGAGUCGGUCAAGGUGGUGGUCCGUUGUCGCCCCAUGAAUGAGAAAGAGCGGGCAGCCAAGUUUGAAAGGGUGGUCUCCGUCGAUGUCAAAUUGGGCCAAAUUAUUGUCAGGAACCCCAGGGAGGCUUCGGCCAGUGAGCUCCCCAAAAUCUUCACUUUUGAUUCAGUCUACGACUGGAACUCCAAACAGAUAGAUCUGUAUGAUGAAACCUUCAGGCCCCUGGUGGAUUCAGUUCUUUUUGGGUUCAAUGGGACCAUUUUUGCCUAUGGGCAAACAGGUACAGGGAAAACAUACACUAUGGAGGGGGUUAGGAAUGACCCAGAGAGGAGAGGGGUGAUCCCUAACUCCUUUGAGCAUAUCUUCACUCACAUAUCUCGAUCCCAGAAUCAGCAGUACCUGGUAAGAGCAUCAUAUCUAGAAAUUUACCAGGAGGAGAUCAGGGACUUGCUCUCUAAAGACCAGGUGCGUCGUCUCGAGCUCAGGGAGAAGCCUGACACAGGUGUGUAUGUGAAAGACCUUUUAUCGUUUGUCACCAAGAGUGUGCAGGAGAUUGAGCGUGUCAUGAAUGUGGGCAACCAGAAUCGUUCAGUGGGUUCCACUAACAUGAAUGAACACAGCUCUCGUUCCCACGCCAUCUUUGUCAUCACCGUGGAGUGCAGUGAGUUGGGUGUGGAUGGGGAGAACCACAUCAGAGUUGGCAAACUGAACCUGGUAGACUUAGCCGGCAGCGAAAGACAAACCAAGACUGGUGCUAAGGGGGAGAGGCUGAAAGAAGCCACGAAGAUCAACCUGUCGCUCUCUGCUCUGGGGAAUGUCAUAUCGGCCCUGGUGGACGGCAGGAGCAGCCACAUCCCCUACCGAGAUUCAAAACUCACUCGUCUGCUGCAGGACUCUCUGGGGGGCAAUGCCCGCACUGUCAUGGUUGCAAACAUUGGCCCAGCAUCCUACAAUGUGGAGGAGACCUUGACAACGCUGCGCUAUUCCAACAGGGCUAAGAACAUCAAGAAUAAACCGCGUAUCAAUGAGGAUCCCAAGGAUGCCCUGCUCAGGGGGUUUCAGGAGGAGAUAGCGAGGCUGAAGGAACAGCUGCAGAAACGCUCAGGAAAGAAGAAACGGAGAGGACAGAGGAGGAGGGCCGGGGAAGGAAGUGAUAGUGACGAUGUGGAAGAAGGAGAAACGGAGGACGAUGAUGAAGAUGGGGAUUACUGGCGGGAGCAGCAGGAGAAGUUGGAAGGGGAGAGAAAGGCUAUCAUGGACGAUCACAGUCUGGUGGCUGAGGAGAGAGUUCGGCUGUUGAAAGAGAAAGAGAAGAAAAUGGAAGAUCUGAGAAGGGAGAGGGAGGCCGGAGAGAUGCUGGCAGCCAAAGUGAAGGCAAUGGAGAGUAAGCUCCUCGUAGGAGGGAAGAACAUUGUGGAUCACACCAACGAGCAACAGAGAAUGCUGGAGCUGAAGAGGCAGGAAAUUGCUGAACAGAAACGACGAGAGAGGGAGAUGCAGCAGCAGGUGGAGAGUCGUGACGAGGAGACUCUGGAGCUGAAGGAGACCUACAGCUCUUUGCAGCAGGAGGUCGACAUCAAAACCAAGAAGCUGAAAAAGCUGUUUGCCAAGCUGCAGGCAGUGAAGGCAGAAAUCCAUGACAUCCAGGAGGCACACAUCAAUGACCGCCAGGACCUGGAACAGACCCAGAAUGAGCUCACCAGGGACCUCAAACUCAAGCAUCUGAUCAUUGAGAACUUCAUUCCCUUAGAGGAGAAGAACAAAAUAGUCAACAGGGCCUACUUUGAUGACGAGGAUGAAUACUGGAAGAUGAAGCCCAUCACACGUAUAGAGGAUGACCAUCAGAUGAUGACCAGGCCUUUGUCCGCAGUGGGCUACAGGAGGCCUCUCAGUCACCAUGCUCGCAUGGCCAUGAUGAUGAGGCCUGACAUGAGAUACAAAGCUGAAAACAUCAUAAUGCUGGACAUGGACCUGCCGGCUCGGACCACAAAAGAGUAUCAGGAGCCGGUUAUUGCCCCAAAGGUGGCGGCGGCUCUGGAGGAUGCUCUGAGGGAUGAGGAUGAAAUCCAGGUUGAUGCCUCGGGCUUUCACAGCAGUUUGGGACCAUCCCCGUCCACCAGCGCCAGUGGCAGCCUCAAGAAACCAAAGUCUGGUCGACCAAGAACAGGCAAGAAGUCGAGCACCCCGACGUCUCCGUUCAGCCCUGCCAGUCCAGGAUCCCCGCUUUACCCACAAUCCCGCGGCCUGGUGCCCAAGUGACAGUUUCUAUCGCUAAUCUCACCACCAACCUCUCUUGUGCACCUUGCCACUUUUGGGACUCAACUUUGAGAGAAUGGGUUUUGUUGUUUUUUGGUUUGUGUCAUGAUCUUGGAUAAAGAAAACUCUAAGAUUAGAGCUGCUUUGUAGGUUUUAACUGUAACACACCACUAUUCACUGUCAUCAUGAGCUUGUCAGAGAUUUGAAACCCCUCCUCCUGAGGACUAAGUCAGUACAGCACUAAGACAGCAGCCAUGCAUGAAGCCUCACAUCACUCCACACUGCUGUUAUCUUACAUUGGGCGAAAUGCCUCUGAUGGUCUUAUAUUUGUGUCACGAUGUGUGUAAGCGUUUGUCAGUGUGUUGUCAUGUGUGUCUUUACACCGCUGUCAGAAUAUUGAACGUUUCGGUUUGUCACUGCGCUGUUUUCUUCCGUCGUUAGAAUGGAGCUUUAAAUCUUUUGUGUGUCUGUCUCAAAGGGAUCUUCAUCAUUUCGGGAAAUAAACUUGAGUUAGAAGAAGACAAAAACACUGUCUUGUGGCAUGUGGUGAAAAAACUCCAAUAAGAUGCGAUGUCUUAAUAGUUCAUUGGUGGGCCGAUGGUUGGUGUUAGCCCAUCUUUACACUAAACUACACUAAUCACCUGCUGCCUCUGGCUUCGUAUUUAAUGCACAGACUAAAGAUAAGUUUAUUGCCUAAAAUGUUGAACCCUUCCUUUGACUCUGUAUGAUUGUAAAUGCACAGGCACACUACAGACGUGGCCUCUGUCAGUUGCUGUAAUUGUAAAAAGUAGAUGCUGUUCUUCCUGAAGCAUAUGAGAUGGAGGUGGGGAACGAUGGGGGGAGAGCUCAACACAUUUACACAAACACCCACUGUCACCCCAUUGUAGGCUGCAGGACACUGCAGUUCCAGACAUCUGAGCAGGAGAUCAGUGCUAAACACACCCUGGGUCACUUCCUGGACUGUGCCUCAGAUUCAUCAGGGUUCCAAGGUGCCUUAACCCGUGUCCUUAAUCUCUGCUUCUUUAUCUGAAGUGUGCAUGCUGCGUCAGUCUGAUCAUUCAUUCCAGCAUCGGGGGGAUUGUCAUUAGCAUGUUCUGUCAGAGUGGGGUGCACUCAUAUGGAGAGGCAGAGCAUUUGGACACGGCAUUCAACCACCCUACAGGAAGGCCAGGCAAGCAGAGGGCGACGUAUCCUCCUGCUUUUUUUAGUUUAGUUAGUUUACUUCAUCUGCUUUGUACUGGUCUGAACGGUCCUUGGAUAGAACAAAUUGCUCUAACAGAACAGUAAAUAAAAGCCCAGGGGGGGAGGACUGAGCUCCUCACAGCACUGUGCGGGUGCCUCAGUCCGAGCACACUACAGACUUGAAUGGCUCAAACCGUUCUAUUAGUAUGCAUCCAGGUGACUAAUAUGCAGCCUGUCUCUCUGCUGCUCUCUGUUCCCCAUACUCUUCACUGUGAGGGCUGUGCUGUCCGCUCGCUCGCUGCUGCUGUGGAGGGUUUUACAACCCACUGUGACAUUUCAACAGGCCUGGGUCAAACGGCAAAUCAAAUCCUUUAGAUAGUCAUGGUGAGGUGCGCGGUUAAUUGUCUGAGUCCACCUCAUUUGAAAGUUGCUGUUUGAUCCGUGCCUGCAUGCCUUUAUGUAUUUGGAUAUGUAACAAUGACUAUAGACUUGUUGAUAGGCAAUCCUCAGUCACUUUUGCAGAUAUAUUAAAAAAAAAAUACAAAAAUGGGUUUCCCUAUUGAAAAAAUCUAACUUAUUGUAAUCUUUCAUUUUUAUAUACAGAUGUAGAUAUACAUUUUUAUUCAUUUUUUUCUUUCGAAUAGAUUGUUUUAUUUUUUGGAGCUUUGUAAUUUAAUGUUGAAAUUUUAUUUUUUGCGUCAUGUCUUCUUUCUUAUUGAGCAAGGUACAGGCUUCUCGUUGCGUGUGUGUGCGUACACUCCAAAUGCUUUUUGUCUUCAGUUCUCCACAUGGAUAGUGAGUGCAUGAAUCAACUGUUGCACAUUGUUGAUUGGGUGAAAUGUGGAGACUGCUUCUAGAAAGAAAUGUCAGAUUGUUUCAAGUCACAGCUGAGUAUUUACAUGUUCACUGUACAUUUAACGUCAUAAACAUAAUCAUUAGAAUAAGGCCUAAAUGUUGUAACUAACAUUGCGAUGCUGUGUAGCUGCUGCAUGAUUUUAGCAAGCUUGAGAAGUCCGUUUGGUUGUGUGAGUGUUCAUCAUUCAUAGGAAUUUGGUAAGCAAAAAUGUGAACGUCUUAAUUGAAUUGGAUAUCUUUGCGUCUGUAUCCCAUAACUGCAUCACUGGAUCCAAACUUGUGACCAACUUUUAAACGUGUUGGUUUUGUUUUUAUAGCCAAACGGCGCUCAUGCCGGUGUCAUGACGUCUGUCUGUGGCCAGCUGUGUCUUUACCUGUUUAGUUUCUUUUGAUUAUUAAAGACAAUUCAAUGAUA